UCAGCUACAUCGCUGGGAUCAGCGCGUGCGAGAAGGGCGAGCAGUGGCAUUGGGCUCUGGCGCUGCUCGGCGAGAUGUGGGGGGCGAAGUUGGAGCCCAACGUCAUCUGCUACCAAGCUGGGAUCAGCGCGUGCAGAAACAGCGAGCAGUGGCAGCGUGUUCUGGCGCUGCUCAGCGAGAUGUGCGAGGUGGAGUUGGAGCCUGACACCAUCUGA